UGUAAUUCCAAUGCCUCAGUUUCAGCACUCUCGAUUUGCUAGCCUUGAGCUGCCUGCUACAUUGACAACUUUCUGUGAUAUUGCUGAGAGUGGCUACGCGACCAAGCAUCACAGCCUAUAGCCUGCUGCUACCCGGGGAGAGGCGAUGAUGGCGGCGGCCGUAGAGAGAGGAGGAGUGCGGGCCGCUUUCCUGAAUCCAGGCAGCGGCGGCGGGAUCGGUGGACCAUCCCCGGCACCUAUUGCUACUGCUCCUGGAGCCGCGGUUGGAGCAGGAGGCAUGGGUUCGAAUUCGGGUGGGUCAGAUGGUCCCAUACCCGUGCCUAUGAACCUUUUUGCAACGUGGGAAAUAGACCGUUCUUCUCCCAGUUGUGUUCCAAGAUUGUGCAGCCUGACCCUCAAGAAACUGAUUGUCCUCAAAGAACUGGACCGAGAGCUUAGCUCUGUGGUGAUAGCUGUCAAAAUACAGGGGUCCAAGCGCAUCUUGAGGUCCAACGAGUAUGUCCUUCCCCCAGGCGGACUGAUGGAGACUGACCUUGAGCUAACCUUCUCACUCCAGUAUCCCCACUUCCUCAAAAGGGACGCCAACCGAUUGCAGAUCAUGCUGCAGAGGAGGAAGCGAUAUAAAAACCGUACCAUCCUGGGGUAUAAGACCUUAGCUGUGGGCGUCAUAAAUAUGGCAGAGGUGAUGCAACACCCGACAGAUGGAGCCCAGAUCCUGGGUCUCCAUAGCAACGUGAAGGAGGUGCCGGUGCGUGCGGCCGAGCUCAGUGUGUAUUCCCUGUCCAGUCAGCCCAUUGACCAUGAGGACGGCAGCGGGCAGACAGGAACCAAGGCCAAAGCCUUAGAUCGCUCCCCAGAUAUGGAUAACUACUCAGAGGAUGACGACGACAGCUACUCUUCGGAGCAGGAAGCUAGUGACGAUGCUGUUCAACCAGUGGACCUGUACGAUGAGGAUGAUGAUGGACAAAGGAAGCCAAAGAAAAACCGGAGGAAAAUGAUUCGAACAACAUCCAUGACAAGACAACCCAAUUUCAAACAGAAGUUUGUGGCCCUGUUGAAGCGAUUCAAAGUGACGGAUGAGGUUCUGGACUCGGACCCAGUGGACCAGACCCAGGAGGUGGAGGAGGAUCUGGACCUGCUCUAUGAUAGUCUGGAGGUUUACAACCAGAGUGACAGCGGCCCUGAGAUGGAGGACAACGAGAGUGUCCUCAGCACGCCCAAACCCAAACUCAAGCCCUUCUUUGAGGGAAUGUCCCAUUCGAGCUCCCAGACUGAGAUUGGGAGUCUGCACAGUCAGAAGAGCCAGGCCAGGGACCUGGCCUGCAUCGGUGGAGAUCUGCUGACCCCGGACAGGGCCAAAGUCCUAAUAGGGACCAAGUAUACAGACGACAGCGCCGGAUUGGAGUCUCCUGCGGGGGACGCAGAGGAUGAGGAGACUAGGGCUGGCACAGGGCCAGGUGAGGCUAACCCCAACCCCACCCCUACCGGCUGGGACCUGAGCACGGACAAACUGCCCGGCCCAGUGGCCAAACUCUGCAAGACCGAGUCCCAGACACUCAUGUCGCCCAGUAAAACAGAGAACAAGCUGCAGAGGCGUCCUAGGAGCACGUCCAUGAAGGACCGGCAGAACUCCAAGGCCCAGAGUGACAGGACUAGCAGCAUUGACAGCGAGACAUCCCCGGAAUCCAGGAUCGCUGUCCAGGUCCCCAGGAAGUCAGUGUACGACCAGCUGAACCAGAUCCUUAUCUCUGACGAGCAGCUCCCAGAGAGCAUCAUCCUCAUCAACACCACAGACUGGCAGGGCCAGUAUCUAUCUGAGAUUCUCCAUGAGCACAGCCAGCCUAUCGUGUGCACCAUCUCUGGUGCGGAUGUCCAUGCAGCCUUCAACACCAUCGUCACCAGGAUCCAGAGAUUCUGUAACUGCAAUGCCCAGACACCCCCCACCAUCAAAGUGGCGGUGGCCGGAGACCAGAGUUACCUCAGCACCAUCCUCAGGUGCUUCGUGGAGCAGCUGGCCAACAAGACACCUGAUUGGCUCAGCUAUAUCCGCUUCCUGGUCAUCCCUGUCGGCACUCAUCCUCUGGCCAAACACAUGUCUUCGUUCGACAGCAAGUUCAACAACAUCUUCAUGGACGCCGGCUGGAGGGACUUGUUUGGCAGACUGGAGGCCCCAACAUCAGACAACAUUGAUGUGGCAGGCCGCGUUUCUCAGUACCUGGCUGGGGCCAGUGUUUCACACCAGUGUCCCAUCUCUGAGGCCAUGCUCACCUACAAACAGAAAAGGAAGAGAAGCUUAUAUUUUGAUUUUUACAUCAGCCCUGACGAGGACUCCUGUCAGAAGUUUGUGCCAUUUAUUGGGCUGGUGAAAGUGGGCAUCGUUGAGCACAACCUCUCGACCUCAAUGGACUCUGAUGAUGCUGUGAUGGGGAGCAUCAAUAUGCUGGCCUCCCCUCCCCCCCAGCCGGGACCAACCUACAUGAAGGACCUGACCUGCACCCCGCCCCCCUCCCCCUCCGUCUCAGCCACCCUCGCCGGAGCCGGCUCUCCGGUGACAGGCGGGGAGGUGAUGGGGCUCCAGGUGGACUACUGGACAUGUCACGGCGCCGACAAGAAGAAGGAGGGCGAGAAACGCGACGUGGGCAUCAAGAAUACCCUGAAGAGCAACUUCCGCUCGCUGCAGGUGUCCCGCAUCCCCAACGGGGGCGAGCUGACACCCCCUCCCGGCAUGGCCAUGACCGUUGUCAUGAAGGAGAAGAACAAGAAAGUGAUAUUCCUGAGUAAAAAGCCCAAGGAGAAGGAGGUGGACUCCAAGAGCCAGGUGAUCGAGGGCAUCAGCAGGCUGAUCUGCACUGCCAAACACCAGCACACCAUGCUGAGAGUGUCCAUUGACGGCGUGGAGUGGAAUGAUGUCAAGUUUUUCCAGCUGGCUGCCCAGUGGCCCACUCACGUCAAGCACUUCCCUGUUGGCAUCUUCGGCUACACCAAGCCCGCCAUGUGACAUAUCACUGCCACCUAAACCCAAGUAUGGGUAGCUGCAGCCCAAUAUGGCAACCGGAGUAUGGGCGAGUGGGUGUGUCGAAAGGAGUGGGUGAUUGGAAAGACAAUCAGCUAAUUGAGCAGAUUUGUUGCCACUCAAGACGCCUUCUGCAUGGCUGAUACGAGUUCAUAAGCCGCCGACCGGUGCACCGGUUUUGUAUCGAGUUGCCUGCUGACCGGAGUUGCUUCCCACUGGGCAGCUGUGUCAAGUUGUUGCCAGCGGUAGCUAACGUGCCAAUUUUCUUCUUCUCUCCUAUGAUUUUAUUUCAAGUAGGAUAGAAGCCUACACAAGAAAUAACUAAUAUUGAUAACCAUCGAGAUUUCACGUUGAUACAUACAUACAGUCUACUCAAUGGGCAUGACAUGAAGGGCAACAACACCUGGACACAGUGUCCUUGCUCUCGCUUUCCAAGUGCUUGUCCCGGCGUGGGAAGUAGCUAAUUAGUAGCCAAUAUCAGGGUGACCGUCACAGUGAGCACACGCAUACAAGCAAUAGUACGCCCAUCAUCAGUACUUUUAAUAAAAAUUAAACAAUCGUCAGUUUUACAACUAAAAAUCUACAAUUAUUUGUGUUUAACUACCAGCGAAAUGCGACUCAGACUCAUCCUCUGGAUGAUUCAGACUCAAGUCCAAACUCUCGCAGUACGAUAGUUGUGUGGUAAGAACCGGACUAAAACGUCUAACCUGUAACAGAGAGCUUUCGACACACCCACUCCUUUCCACACGCCCAUUACUUUCCUUUCGACACACCCACUCCUUUCCACACGCCCAUUACUUUCCUUUCGACACACCCACUCCUUUCCACACGCCCAUUACUUUCCUUUCGACACACCCACUCCUUUCCACACGCCAAUUACUUUCCUUUCGAACACAUCCACUCGCCUAUACGCCGGUCGACAAAUUGGGCUGCAGCUACCCCUUUCUCCUUAAACCCUGACCCCUAAACAGCCUUUAUCAUCUCCCAUAGAGAGAGAUGGGUUGGUUUCCAUUCUGAAAAAUGACUCCUUUCCUUCCGUCCUUUAAAACGAACCUCAUCUCCCAUAGAGAGAAUGGGGCUGGGUUCAAUUCUGAAAAAAAUAAUUCUGUUCCCUUUGAACAGUCCUCAUCUUCCAUAGAGAGAGACAAGCUGGAAUACAUUCUGAAAAAUCACUCCCUUCCUUUCUGUCCUUUUGAUAUUUGUAUUUACUAGGUAUUGAGGCUAUCAAUAUGGUAAUGGUCCAUGAAGUGAAGAUUAUAGGUCCUUAUAUGUUGGUUCCCAAUGUUUCAAAAUGUAAUUAUUAGAAAUACAUUUCUAAGUCUAAGUUUGAAAUGAAUCCAACUCCAAGUCAUUCAGCUCCGUGGGCUCUCCAAGUUGCCAAAGGUAGUGGGGAAGGCUGGGAGUAAUCCACCAGAUUGGAACCCAGCCCUGCUCUGACUAAGCAAAAAACAAACAAACCCCCUAGUCCUUUUCCUGUGGAAACUGUCCAGUUACAAACCUGUGUUCCCAGUAUAAAAUGGAUGUUGUUGUCAACGUCAAAUGUUACUGUUUUAUACACCAGCAAAAAAAGAAGGAAAAAAACAUGUUUUGUUAAGAAAUGUAUGCUACCUUUUAAGUAUAAUAGUGUAUAUUGUGGUUAGACACUUAUAAUGGCCACCUGUAAUGGCAGCUUUGUUGGCACUUUGUUUUGUUACUAUAUUAUUAUUUCUGUGAAAUCCUAUGUGGGUAAAUGUCCUGUAUAUAAUGUAAGAGGAUUGAAGGGGUGUGUUGGUGUGUGUUCGCAGUGUGUGCCGGGAGGCAGUGUGUUACUGAUUUUUAGGGGAAAGGGUGGGAUGCUGAGAGAGGAAUUGCUGUGAAAUUUGCAGAGGAACCCCUCUUGCUAUGAAGAGAUGUAUUUUGUUCUCUUUUUUUAUUGAGAAAAGUGACUUACUCAAGUUUUUGAUACACUACUUUCUAGCUAGUAUACUUGCCUUUUUGAUUUAGAAGCACAUUGUAUGGAAACAGAAUUGGGACAAUCAGUAACCAAGAAACUUGGCACUGUAUAACGAGAGACAUUCAUCAGAGAGUGGAAUGUAUCCUUAGGCGAGUUCAAUGCAAUGACUUCACUUGUGAAUUUGUGACGCGGGCCCUAGGUGCAUGCAAGAAUUUCUGGACACAAACGUGUACAGGAGAGAGAAGAGUGAGAGAAAGGGAGGGAAAAGAAAGAAGGAAACAAAUGUGCCCUGCUCUAACACACCUGAUUAGCCUACUCUCUGCAAAGGGCUCAGCAGUGCAGUUUUCAGUAAUAACCUUCCCACACUACUACUGAGAAGACCCAAGCCAAGCUGUACUGCACUGGCCUGGUUAAGCAUCCACUAUAGUUGUUGGAACUGUGUUCAAAAUGACCAUGUGGGGAAAAAACAGUUAAACACAGUACAGUUUGGCUUGGUACAGUAGUGUGAAAAGGGUCGAAGAAUUCCCCGGUUGUUAAACUAUUUACCAGUGACAUUGAAGUGGUGUUCUUUUUUCUAACUUUAUCCAUUCUGAAAGACAAGAAUCCCUUUUUAUAAAACUAGCGUGCCGUAUUCAACAAUGAACUAAUUGCUGUCCACUGUUCUCUGUUUUUACACUUUCUUUAAAGAUAGACCCACUCAUAAUGUUGAGUCAAAAAGGGCCACAGGCUUAAUUGGUUUUUAGGGAAUUGCCAGGAUUUUAAUGUCAGCAAUGUUGUUGUAUUGUGUGUUGUUUUUUCACGAGGUGUAUUUUCUCAUAGACCUAUGAGGGAAAUAACGACCUGUGCCUCUUCAGUCGAGGCUAUGCAGGACACCUGGAAGUCAAAGCUUCCUUCCUUAGUUAUUUCGCCUCUCUCCCAUCUUUUUACCUUGUAUGUUUGUGACUUGACACGAAAAUGCAUUUCAUUUGGAUGAAAGUGUGUUUUGGAGAUUUUAAGUGUGUGUCUGUGUGUGCAUGCGCUCGGAAGGGGUACUGUGUAACCCCAUUUGUCAAUAUCAACCAUUUGAAAACUAUGGCUUCUCUUGCGAUUAGAUACUACAUGGAUAGUAUUACAUUUGAUGUAUUUUUUGUUCAUCUUCACCGUGGUAGCUGAGUAUUAACAACAGUGUAUGUUACCGUAUAUUUGACCCUUUCUUUGUGCAUUGCUGACGGUCAAGGUGUUUCAUGUUUUUGCCUCUGAAAGGGUGAAGGUCUUCGGUCAAUGCCACUCAUUUGACUAUACAGUGUUCCACUAUUUCAUGAUACAAAUGGACACCAUAUAUACAACAGUAUAUGACCACCCCUUCAAAUUAGUGGAUUCGGCUAUUUCUGCCACACCCGUUGCUGACAUGUGUAUAAAAUCGAGCACACAGCCGAGCAAUCGCCCUAGUCAAACAUUGGCAGUAGAAUGGCCUUUACUGAAGAGCUCAGUGACUUUCAACGUGGCACCGUCAUAGGAUGCCACCUUUCCAACAAGUAUUUUCCUUACAUUUCUGCCCUGCUAGAGCUGCCCCGGUCAACUGCAUAUUGAUGCCAAUGAUUUUGGAAUGAGACAUUCGACGAGCAGGUGACCACAUACUUUUGGUCAUGUAGUGUAUCUAUACAUAACUGAAACAUAAAUAUGUUCCACUACUUCAUAAUACAUAUUUACAGUUGAAGUCAGAAGUGUCAUUAAAACUCGUUUUUUCAACCACUCCACAAAUGUCUUGUGAACAAACUAUAGUUUUGGCAAGUCGGUUAGGACAUCUACUUUGUGCAUGACACAAGUAAUUUUUCCAACAAUUGUUUACAGAUUAUUUCACUUAUAAUUCACUGUAUCACAAUUCCAGUGGGUCAGAAGUUUACAUACACUAAGUUAACUGUGCAUUUAAACAGCUUGGAAGAUUCCAGAGAAUGAUGUCAUGGCUUUAGAAGCUUCUGAUAGGCUAAUUGACAUCAUUUGAGUCCAUUGGAGGUGUACCUGUGGAUGUAUUUCAAGGUCUACCUUCAAACGCUGUGCCUCUUUGCCUGACAUCAUGGGAAAAUGAAAAGAAAUCAGCUAAGACCUCAGAAAACCAAUUGUAGACCUCCACAAGUCUGGUUCAUCCUUGGGAGCAGUUUCCAAAUGACUGAAGGUACCACGUUCAUCUGUACAAACAAUAGUACGCUAGUAUAAACACCAUGCGACCACGCAGCCGUCAUGCCGCUCAGGAAGGAGACAAGUUCUGUCUCCUAGAGAUCAACGUACUUUGUUGCGAAAAGUACAAAUCAAUUGCAGAACAACAGCAAAGGACCUUGUAAAGAUGCUGGAGGAAACAGGUACAAAAGUAUCUAUCCACAGUAAAAAAAAAAGUCCUAUAUCGACGAGGAAACCACUGCUCCAAAACUGCCAUAAAAAAAGCCAGACUACAGUUUGCAACUGCACAGGGGGACAAAGAUCGUACUUUUUGGAGAAAUGUCCUCUGGUCUGAUGAAACAACAAUAUAAUUGUUUGACCAUAAUGACCAUUGUUAUGUUUGGAGGGUAAAGGGGGAGACUUGCAAGCCAAAGAACACCAUCCCAACCGUGAAGCACAGGGGUGGCAGCAUCAUGUUGUAGGGGUGCUUUGCUGCAGGGGAGACUGGUGCACUUCACAAAAUAGAUGGCACAUUGAGGAAGGUAAAUUAUGUGGAUAUAUUGAAGCAACAUCUCAAGUUAUCAGUCUGGAAGUUAAAGUUUGGUUGCAAAUGGGUCUUCCAAAUGGACAAUGACCCCAAGCAUACUUCCAAAGUUGUGGCAAAAUGGCUUAAGAACAACAACGUCAAGGUAUCGGAGUGGCCAUCACAAAGCCCUGAUCUCAAUCCUAUAGAAAUUUUGUGGGCAGAACUGAAAAAGCGUGUGCGAGCAAGGAGGCCUACAAACCUGACUCAGUUACACCAGCUCUGCCAGGAUGAAUGGGCCAAAAUUCACUCAACUUAUUGUGGGAAGAUUGUGGAAGGCUACCCAAAACGUUUGACCCGAGUUAAACAAUUUAAAGGCAAUGCUACCAAAUACUAAUUGUUUGUGUAAACUUCUGACCCACUGGGACUGUGAUGAAAGAAUAAAAGAUUAAGUAAAUCAUUCUCUCCUAUUAUUCUGACAUUUCACAUUCUUAAAAUAAUGUGGUGAUCUUAACUGACCUAAGACAGGGAAUCUUUACUAGGAUUAAAUGUGAGGAAUUGUGAAAAACUGAGUUUAAAUGUAUUUGGCUAAGGUGUAUGUAAACUUCUGACUUCAACUGUAUAUUAUAGCACUACUUUUGGGAAGUCAAGCGGCACCAAGUAAUACCAAGAAAAACUGGACAGUCAAAUAACUCCAACAUUGAGCUUUACAGCUCUUUUAAGUAUAGUUCAAGUUUGCUGAUGUUUUUGCACAAACAUUAUUUUAAAUGAUGUGACAGACAGUGUUCUUUCUUUUUAAAUGAACCACUAAAGAAUACAAGGUAGAAGCUCUUGUUUUUAUGAUGUCGGUAUGUCUUUUUUUUUCAUAUCAGUUUUAGUUUAUUGUAAUAUUUUUUGUUUUAUUUCCAUCUUACUCUUUAUUAAGUUUUUGUAUGACCAUUUUAUGAUUCUAACCCUUUUUAAGAAGAGUUGAGCUCUUUUGUAUAAAAAAAAUGAUGUUUGGAAAUUGGGUUUUGAAGUGUUUGUAAGUGAAAACAGACUAUUAAAGGAGUGUUGAGAGAA